UGCUCCUGUCUUAGACUUCUUCUUCCCCAACCUGUGAGAACUCAACUCCAAUUUCUUCUUCUUCUUCUUCUCAAUCUCUUUUUUGUUUUAUUCUUCUGCCAUGGCCCAAAUUCGUGGCACUGCGGGCUACAACCUCGGCCACCAAAACCCGUUUGGCGGGCCCGGUAGCGCAGAUGCCACCAGCGACCCAAGUCCGCUCGAUGCAAUCCGCGAGCAGACAAGCAAGAUUGAGGACUGGUUGGACACCUUGGCCGAUCCUGUGAAGCCCUACCUUCCCGCCAUCGGCCGAUUCCUGAUCGUGGUGACCUUCAUCGAAGACUCGCUGCGCAUCCUCACACAAUGGAGCGAUCAGCUCCUCUACCUCCGUGAUUUCCGGAAGAUUCCGUGGGGAAUCACGCAUACCUUCCUUAUCGUCAAUGUCAUCGCCAUGGUCGUUUGUUCGACUCUGGUCAUCGCCCGUAAACGCACCGAGGUCGCCGUUGCAGGAUUGCUCGCCGUCGUCAUCACACAGGGUCUUGGAUACGGCCUCAUCUUCGACUUGAACUUCUUCCUUCGCAAUCUGAGUGUUGUAGGCGGUCUGCUUAUGGUCCUGUCCGAUUCGUGGGUGCGCAAGAAGUUCGUCCCCGCCGGUCUGCCCCAGCUCGAUGAAAAGGACCGCAAGAUGUACGUCCAGUUCGCUGGUCGUGUGUUGCUGAUCUUCCUUUUCGUCGGGUUCGUUUUCUCCGGCGAGUGGAGCUUCUGGCGCAUUCUGGUCAGCUUGUUCGGUCUUGUCGCUUGUGUCAUGGUCAUUGUUGGCUUCAAGGCCAAGUGGAGCGCCAUUAUUCUUGUGGUCCUGCUGAGUCUGUUCAACGUCUUUGUGAACAACUUCUGGACGCUGCAUGCCCACCACCCGCAGAAGGACUUCGCCAAGUACGACUUCUUCCAGAUCUUGUCGAUUGUUGGCGGUUUGGUCCUACUCGUCAACAUGGGCCCCGGCCAAUUGAGCAUGGACGAGAAGAAGAAGGUCUACUAGAGCAGAAGGAGGUCGAAACGCGAUUCCCCUUCUCUCUUUAUAUCUCCCGGCAACUGCAUCCAUCUAGCAAACACAAUGAAGAGGGAAAGAAAUUAACAAAGGGCGGUAUGGCUGGUGCUCCGCGGGCUCCGAGCAUCUCGAUACGGGCCCCCUUGAACCCUUGGCUGGUUUACAGAGGCUAUGCGUGGCCGGGUUGGGCGUUGUUUGCAUUUGGGAUAAUUUUGAAACGCCGAGGAGAUCCAACGAUCUACUCUCCCUUGCGUCCUUUCUUUUUGAGCUGUUCUACCUCGAACUUUAGUGUCCUGGUCUCUUGUUUCAUUGAGGUCAAAAACACAUGUCCUCUGCAUACGAAGUUUUUGACGUGCAUUUGAAUUGCAUCUAUCACGAAGACAAGUUGAAUCGAAAAUUUAACGCCGAAUGCGACGCAUAUCUGCAUGAACCUUUGCCUCUGGCAUGCCAUAUUAG